CUGUUUUCAACUCUCAUUUACAGCUUUACAGCUUUAAAGCUAUCACUCAAGCGUUUUAUCGGUCCUAUCGCAUUAUCGCUCUUGUCUAAUAUAAAGUUAAUGGUCGUUUAUCGCUCAAAACGCUUUACAGCUUUUGGUGUGAACGCACAGUAACAGAAUAUAAAGGUCCAGGGAUUAUUGUCUUUUAAAUUUCACUCCCUAGCACUAGGAGGCGCUAGAUUAUUUUCUUUUUUGUUGUUUGGCUGUGAAAACGGAACAGAAGGAUACGACCUCUAGUCGAGUCCGAUACCGCACAAAGCGUCUCUACAACAGAACCGAAUCAUGUCUGGACUCGUUAAGGCUGCCGCGGCCCGUGUGGCCCCUGCAAUGCGGACCGGCAUCAUCACCCAGCGGGCCUCCCUCUACACCCGGCCCGCUAAGGAGAAGCUCGGCACCGCCGAAACUGCCAUCGGACUUGGCAUGUUCUCCUUGGCCAUCCUGGGACCAUCUGGAUGGAUUCUAGCCCACUUGGAGGAAUACAAGAAGAAAGAAUGAGGACAUUUGUUUGGUGCAUACAACUCCUCAAUGAGUUUCCUGGGACCAUGUGCAGAUACCUGAGUGUGAGGGCGCAGUCUGAACCUUCUCUCUACUCCUACCUCAACGGCAGUUACAUUCUUCAUCUUCCAUUUGAAUACCGUUGACUUGUUAUUUGACAUGUGCCCUUAUAAGGGCAUUCUAACAAUGUUAAUAAAUCAUAUUUAAAUACUGAAAUCAA